CGUUGCUUUAUCUUUUUAGUAGCUAACUUUCAACAGAGAAAAAACAUUGAUUAUAACCAUUUCAUUAAGCAUUUCUGUGUCGGUAUUGUUGAAUGCUAAUGAGGCAGAAACAGACCUCGAGAAAUCCUGGUCGGGCAUUUCGACCCUCGGGGAUGUGGUCGGGUGAGUGGGAUUUGCUUGCGUUUCCCACCUGCUCCUUUGUAUUUGGAAAGUGAAGGCGAAUAUUUCUCCCACAUUUCGCGAGCUUUCAAGAACUGUAUUUGCAAGGAUUAAUGCUUUCUCGGGCUAAAUCUUCAAAGCACUUUGGGGAGCUGUGUCCUUUGGUGAUUGGCAGUUGAACUUUUACCUCACUCAGGCUAGAGAAAGCGUUUAUUCGCUUGAAUAAGUGAGACUAAGAAAAACGCUCGUGAUAGGUUCUCUAGGAUAAGAUUAUCGCCACUGAAUGUUUAGAAGACAAACGGGACAGCUCGGCUGGAAUGUGCUAAAGCUACAAACUCGGCAAGUUGUAAAUCUGGAAUUUGAAAAUCAGGUAUUCUCUUCCGCUCAUUGCAAAAUAGUACAAUCCAAACCAGUGGUGGGAGCUACGUACUGUUAACGUGACGCUUUGGAACCCAAAACUUCAACUAAAAAAUGAUCUGAAGCGAAUAAUGUUCAAUGUUGGUGGGAGAUACAGUAUUACAAGACCUGCCAGAAGUCUGGAUGAAUUGGAUUCAGUUCAGAGUAUCAUUGUUCACAGCGAUCUUGAACCAGAGUGGCUGGAUGACGUGCAGACAAAUGGUGAGCUUUUCUACCUGGAGCUCAGUGAAGGAGAGGAAGAUGUGCUGAUGCAAGCUAAUUCAACUUCAGCACAUCUGAUCAAUCAUGUCAGAUUUAGUGAGAAAGAAGCAGAAGUAAUUUUGGACCACGCAUCAAGGGAGUCUUGCAAACCUGAACACAAACUUAAAAAGCUUGCUAAUGUUUUAAAGAAAAAAAAAGUAAUACGCACGCAUUCUUGCAGCAAAGCCAAUGAACAGAGAAGUAGUCACCCUCCAGUACUUCCUUCAAUACUAAAGCAUCAGACAAAUCCCGAAGUUGGUGUUUCAGUUAAAUUGUCUUAUAAAGAUGUGUACGUUUAUGUUAAUCCAAACAAAAUAAGUGACAAAUUGCUGAACAAAGGGACCAAGCUUCUGGAGGCCUUUGUCGGGAUUAUUAACCAACCUUCACGAAGAAAACCAGUGGCAGGAAAGCAUUCUGAUAGAUCGGCAGACACAAAAAUAACAACAGAAGAGCGACUUGUUGUACACAGUUUGGCCGAAGGCAGUGCUGCUAUGAAAAAUGGCCAAAUAUUCAUUGGUGAUACUCUAAUUGCUGUGAAUGAUGUGGAAGUGACUACUGAGAACAUUGAGCGGGUUUUAUCAUGUAUUCCAGGUCCAAUGCAGGUGAAAUUGACCAUUGAAACCUUGCGCCCUGACCCCAUAGGAACUAGUCUGUCUUUCACACAUCCUACUAAACUGAUUCCCACUAAUAACAAUCUGGUGAAGCUCUUGUGGGGUGAAGACACCAGCGAUCUCCAAAUGGAAAUUGGCAACAUUCCUCAUGUUGCUAUGUAUCUAACUUUAAAGCUGGAAUCAGAAAGUUCAAAGGAAAAGCAAGAAAUUCUUUACCAGUAUCCAUUGACUAAUGUAUCCCAAAAGUUGAUUAAUGUUCGGGGAAUAUUUCUUACGCUCUGCGACAUGAUGGAAAAUAUAACUGGAGGACAAAUUAUAAGUUCAUCAUUCCUGCUGAAUGGAAAACUUAUUAACGUAGGUUAUUGGAAGGAAGGUAGCAAUUUGCUGCUGAUAGGACUGCCAGCUGAAAGGGUACCUCUUCCACAGCUCAGGAACAUGAUCAAGAAUGUUGUGAGAACCUUGAAGUUUAUGUACAGCUCAUUAGACAGUGCCUUUUGCAAGAUGGACAAUGUUCCCCAGUUAGACCACUUUUUCAAUCUGAGCUUCCAACGAGCUAUUCAGCCAGCCAAGUUAAACUGCAACACAAGUCCCAGUUCCCAGUGUUUCAGUAUUUCAAGCACAUUAUUUUCAGACAGCCUGCCUGGAGUUCGGUGGCUAACAUUACCCCAGGAUAUCAAAGUGGACAUUGAUACAGCAAUGAGUGAUCUAGAAUCAGCAGACUUUGGAGAAUUGUCUGAAGAUUAUUUUGGCAUUCGACGACUGUAUGUGAUACGAGGUUCUUGUCUUUUCUUCAAGGGUUACUUGAUUGGUAGUCAUUUGACCAAAGAUGACCUCCUUGACAUCUCACUUUACUGCCAGCAUUAUUGCUUACUACCCCUCGCAGCAGAGCAAAGGAUUGGUCAGCUGAUCAUUUGGCGUGAGACAUUCCCAUGUAGAUACCUUCCAAGAAAUCACAAACUGAUCAUUGAGGACUAUCAAGAGCCAAAAGGAAGACAGUUUUUGCUAAUUGUUGGUUUGAGACAUUUGAUGAUGUGUGUGCUGCUGGAAGCAGGAGGGUGUGCAUCCAAAGUAAAUGGAAAUCCAGGACCUGACAGUGUUUAUGUUGAUCAAGUUAAAACCACCUUACUUCAGCUUGAAGGACUAGAAGCCAGAAUACAAGAAAGACUUGAUAGUCCCUCCAUUGCAUGUUUGUCAUGUGCUGAUUGGUUCUUUCCUUCUUCUCGUGAUAAGUUUGAAAGUUCUCCUAUCAUUAGCAAGUUUCAAGGUGCAACUAAAUCAAUUCAAUCACCAACAAGUCGAAGGGCACUAUUUGGAGACUCCAGCCAAAGGAUACAGAAAUCCAGUCCUCCAAGGCACACUGGUGUCUCUGAUAUUACUAGUGAAAGACAUGGAGAUGCUGGUUCCUUCAGUAUGAACUUUAGUCCAUAUUCUACAUCUGACACAGUCAGGAGGCUUCCUCGAAGAGAAUCCCAAGGGUCUGGUGGAUCUGAGGGCAGUGGAAGUAUAUUUAAGAGCAAGAAGAAACAAAACUUUCCCAAUCCAUUUUAUCUGGGAAGCAUGAAAAAAAGCCUUUCUGAGUCAGAGACGGAGGAAAUAUACAGCAUAACAAAAUUGACAUCAGGCACAGAAAAUACUCUAUUUUAUUAUAUUUCAUUAGAAACAACACAAGGGAUAUUCAUAGCACCAACACACACAGAGGUUUCACAGCUCAAUGGUUCCGUUCACUCACAGCUAAUCAAAAACUUCCAUCGCUGUUGCUUAUUGAUACGGUCAGUUUUCCAACAAACCUUGGACCAACAGGAAAGGAAAUACUCCGAUAUUGUUGACAAUUCAAGUCAAAUGAAUGUGAGGAAAAAUAACAUAGGACUUGGUACAGUAAAAGAACAUGGUGUCUUAUUCCAGUGCAGUCCUGAAAACUGGACUGAUCAAAAGAAACCACCACCUAUCAUGUCCUACUGGGUUGUUGGAAGACUUUUAGUAGAUCCUCAUCCUCAAGAGUUUUAUGUGUGUUUCCAUGAUUCUGUGAUGGAGAUUGCUGUGGAGCUUGCUUUCAAACUGUCUUUUGGAUUAAUUACAUAGUGAAAUGCUGGUCUACGUUCAUUUCAGUUCAUUGACACAUUCCAAAAUGUUCAGAAAACUAGGCUUAUGAAAAUCGCAUGAUUCAUAAAUUUUGUUAAUGAAACAAGUAUUCUAUAUUUAUACAGUCACUGUGAUUGCUAACUGACUUGUCAUGGCUUAUCAUGCUCUGAAUAUAAUUGUAAUCUAAAUGGAAUGAAAUAGAUUUACAAUAUGUUAUUUUUUUACUGGAGUUUGAUUGUUCUGACUGUAUGUAUAAAUGUAAAAUUUGUUUUUAAACUUUUACUUGAAAUGUGCCUUUGAUAAUUAUUGUAAAAAUUCACUUUAUGCAAAAUAGUCCAUGUUAAUUAUAAAUGACCAGGUAUGUAAACUAUAAUAAAUGUAGCAGUUAAGAUGUUGACUUUAUUGACAAUCAUUGCAGUAUUUUGUUCUGUGUGAAUGGCAUUACAGAUCAUCCAUGGUCCAGGAAUGAAAAAAUAAAACUUGGCAGUAUCAGGAAAAUGAAAGAAUGACACCAGAUUUAUUUUUUAAUAAGGGUUUUGAUAAAAGACUAAGCAUUGCACUAUAAAGGAUGGCAUUACUUCACUGAAGGUGAUUUUAGUCUGCAGUAUAUUAUUUGAGGACCCAAGUAAAAUAGUCGUACUGAAUUCCAAAACAAGAUCAUAAGAGAGAUUGGUAUACUAUGUGAACAGUAAUUGAAAAAAGAGAUUUUAAAAUUUUAAACUCAAUUUUAAGUUUUCCCAGAUUGAAUUUUGUAAAUUCAAAUCCUUUUAAUUCUGGUCUCUGUGCAAGCAAAUUAAUGUUUUUUUUCUCAGAAAAAAAGAAUGUAUAUAUCCUCUGCAAAUUCAACCCUUUUCUAUUGCCAUAAAUGUAACACAUAUCAAACGCCUUUAUUUAUUCCUUGUUAUUUGCAAUUUGUUUCUAUAUUUUCACAAGUAAAUGAAAAUAUUUUUUAUUUAACUCUUCAUGUUCUUCAAAGUUGGAUCAUAUCGCUAUAUAUGCCUAUCUUCUAUAGCUAAUUGUACUUCUGUAUUUAAGUAAAUGUCUCUUAUUUCUCCCUAUUUGCUCAUCAGAUAUCGGUCUCACUGCCAAUGUCAUAAUUUAAUGCCCAUUUCUUGUUUACUUUGAUGGUGAGCCAUAAAACCUACAAUCUGUUUGGUGUAGCUGCUGCAUUGCAGCUGUUAAUGGACUUACGGGACUUUAACUUGAUGGUAAUAAAACAACUGUGAAAUAUUUCCUACUCAAGAUGACAGUUUAUCUUCAAAGAGAACUUCGAGGUGAUGGUGUUCACAUGUGUUUGUUACAUUAUGUAUUACAGGUCAGUUGUUUGGAAGGUACUAUUCAAGCAGGCUUCUUCUUUCCUGCAAUGUAUUUUAUAGAUAGUACAUAAUGCUGCAUGGGAUAUGGUGAUAAAGGGAGUAAACCUUUAAGGUGGUAAAUGGGGUACCAAUCAAGUAGUUUUUCAUGUAUGAUAAAUUUCUUGAAUGUUGUUAGAGCUGCAUUCAUCCAGGCACAUGGAGCAUAAUUCUAUCACCUUUAUUUGUGUUUGGUGGAGGGUUUAAGGAGUCAGAAGAUUAGAUAUUCAUCAAAGGGCCAGGUGAGAUGAAGAACCCUAGUCAACAUCAAUUAGAGGAUCAGGCAAAGAAGGACCCUGUGGCAGGGAGUCAGAGACAGACCUAGAUUCAUUGGAGCUGAUUGGAAUUGGGGCACUACAGAGAAGGAACUAGCUGUUUGUUAAGUCUUGAUAAGUGAUAAGGUCUCUAAUCUUAAAUUUUAAAUGUUAGAUCUUUAGGAUACUGCGCCAUUUGGUGAUACGGUUAAAAAUGUACAAAAAGCAACAUAAAUAAUUGAAGUGUCUGAAGCUCGUGCACUGUGUGAUGCAUUGGGGGGUGGUCACGAGUUGCCUGAAUUCUUUGCACUAGGGGGAAGUCACACCACUUCAGAUUGGAUCUUCUGAUUUGUGAGGUGAGCAAAAACAGGAUGGGGAACUUUGACUAAGUCACGUUACAGGAGCUAGAAUACAGAAGUGUCAGCCUCUGCAAUCAUCCAAUGCACUUGAGGUUCUUUCAGCUUGUUUAGGUAUGAGAGGGGGCUGCAGAGUAUAAACUCACUGUGACACCAUUUAAGGAAGUCAUUUAAAUAGUUGGAGCAACAAGGAAUGUACUUUAGGGGAUGGAUGGAGAGUGAUUCACACUGUUCUCUGUAGAAAAGCGGAAGAGUUCAUGCAGCUGUUUGCAGGCCCUGUGCAAGGUUCUACAACAUAUGCUCAGGGAUCAAAAGGAUCUGGCAAUGGAAGAGGGUAAGAUUCAGUAGGUACCAGUGACCUAGACAGCAUUAGAAAAGGGGUUCU